GAAAUCGUAAACAUUCAACCAAUCAAAUGAAUCCAAUAAUGUUCAGUUCAUCAUUAUCAUUAGAAAAAAUGAUGCUCACAAUAACAAUAAUACUAUUAUCAACAAUAAUUGAUUUAAAUUUUGGUCAACAUAUGUCAUCACAAAAUUAUCGUCGUCAAAUGAAUAUGAUGCGUCAAUUAGCACAAAAAGCCUAUGAACAUGGUAUACGUAUUAAUGAAGAUGCACAAUGUUCAAAACCACGACCCGAAUUAAUCUAUUUAAAUGAUAGUAAAAAAAUUUAUUUACCACGUGCAACAUUAUUACAUCGUUGUUCGGAUCUUACCGGUUGUUGUCCACAUGCAACACAUUCAUGUCAACCAUCACGUGUUGAAAAAUUAACAUUAUAUUUUUUUGUUAUCGGUGUACCAAAAUCAUCAUCAACAAUAUUACGUCGUAAUCAAAAUAUUGAACAAUUAACAUUCAUUAAUCAUACAGAAUGUUCUUGUAAACCAAUCGAUACAAUGUGGUCGCCAGAAAAAUCCAAUACAAUCGAUUCAAUGAUGAUGAAUGAUAUAAAUGAUCGAAAUGAUUCGAUAGAACAAUUUCGAAAUAUACGUGAUCCAUCAUCAUCCAAUACUAUCAUUGAUUAUCGUCCAAUAAUUUCGAUGACUAAUCAUCAUAAAAAACCAACAGUUGUAUUACAAGCACGUAAUAAUAAUGGAAAUGUUGAUUAUCAUCAAAAUUAUUAUCAUCAUCAUCAUCAUCAAAGCCAAACACAUUCAAAUCAACAUCAUUCAAUGUAUCAGGAAACGGAAAAUAUUCUUAAAUAUUGGGCCAAAAUUAUGGGCUAUAAUGUAGAUAAAUCAUCAUCAGUUAAUAAUAAUCCACAUUAUAAAAUUCAAUCACCGAAAAAACGUACCACCACCAUUAUUAGCAACGGAAAACCAAACAAAACAAGACGAGUAGCACCAUCUUCUGGUCACAAAUCCAAUUAUUCACCGAAUGAUAAUCAAAUAUCAUCAAGAUCAUCGGUAACCUUUGAAACUCCUGAUGUACAAUAUCAUUAUUCAACAAAUCAUGGAACAAAAAAUCAAUUAAUAAACUUACCAUCAAAUUAUCAACAAUAUUCUAUGGAUAAUUUAAAUUCAAUUCAACAGAUAUCAAUGGAUAUGCCAUCUAACGAUCAAAUCGUAUAUUAUUUGACCAAAAAUACCGGAAAUGAUCAACAAUUAACAUUGAAUGAUGAUGAUGAUUAUGAUGAUGGGAAAAUUAUCUAUUCAUUAGAAAAUUAUUAAUUUUUCUUAAAAAAAUUAUUGGGAUUUCAAACAAUUAUGGAUAUGGGGUUUAACAAAAACAAUGAAUUUAACUA